GCGUCGCUCAAACGUCAAAUUCGGAUAUCAAAACAAAAAGUGUAACAAAACUAUUAAUUUGUGAGUUAGUGAAGAUUUUUCGUAAAAAUCAGUAAUUAUUAAGAGUUACUCAACUCAAACAAGUGUUUUAAAGUGUGGCGUACCCCCAGUUAACCAUGCAGCCGGUGGAGAAUCUCUGCCGGAUAUGCACCCGGGACGAGGAGGGGCGGUCUUUCGUUUGCAUUUUCAACACGAAGCUGGAGCUGGAGAAGGGUGCAGGGAUGGACCCGGAACGAAGGGAUGAAAGCGAGCCGGAGUCGGUUCCUCUGGUCCGGACCGUUGCGGAAGUUAUGGCUGGCUGCUUGGACAUCGAGAUCAAGCCGAACGACCAAAUGCCUCGGAAGAUUUGUCCGGAUUGCAAGAGUCGGCUGCAGCAAUCGUGGGCCUUGCGGGAAACGUUCAAGGCUAGCGAGAAGCGGCUGAGGAAGCUCCUUCGAAGCGAAUCGAUCUCACCAACGGUGAAGCUGGAGAUCACCAUGGAAGAGGGAUCCGCCGAUGAGGACUUCUCCAUGCAAAUGUCUUUUGUGGAUGACGAUAAUGAUGAUGGUGAGGUGGAGGAUGAGCCUGUUAAAGGGGUGGACAAUCGUAACGAUCCUCUGAAUUCGGAGCUCAGUUGGAAAUUAUCUGAUCUGUCGAAGGGACACUACAGAACCAGGAAAGGAGAUUCCCCAACUUGGGAAUGGGUUGAGGCCGAUGAUCAUCGUUGCUGUGGAUGUUUUCAAGUCUUCAAUUCCAAAGCUGCUUUGGAGAAACACUGCAAGCGAGAUCAUAAGGCAGAGCCCCAUGGAGAUAGAAAUAAACGUUUUGAAUGCGGUUCAUGCUUGAAGCUUUUCGCCUCGACAGAUUCCUUGAAUCUCCAUCAGAAAAUUGCCCGAACCAGGCAACUGUUGCACUGUAAUGUAUGCGAUGUCCUAUCGCCAAGCAAAAGGCAACUGAAUGCUCAUCUGAAAACACAUUCUGCUAAGGAAAUUGAAAGGAAUCGCUUUAGCAGUACCGCCAAACCGAAACUCGAUUCUUCGACAUCUACAGACGCCCCGUUGGAAAAGAGUCGCUCGAAGAAGAUCUUCAUCACAUUCGACUACUACACCUUCGAUGGUUAUUUCUGCUGCGACUGCUCGACCUAUUGCGACAGUAAGCGGGAAAUGAAACGCCAUGGCGAGAAGCACCAUCAGGGUAAUCGCGGCUUCAACGAAGAAUUCUCAUGCUUCGCUUGCAUGAGAUCGUUCGAGGCGAAAGAAGACUUCGAAAGGCACAUGCUAGAUCUGAACGCCAGGCACAUUUACUACUGCAAAACGUGCCAGGAAACGUUCCGCACAGCUGAGAAGCUGAAGGAACACCAGCAGAACAGCGCCAGUCACGAAGGAUUCGUGGAAUUGGAUAUGCUGGACGUAAAGGAAGAGAUCGAAGUGGAGGAAAAGGUGGAGAUUUUAAAAAUCCAACCGGUGUCGGCGGCGGCUUCUCAAAUUAGCAGACGAAGGAGGACCACCACGAAGGUGGAACGCAGAGAAUCUCCUGUGGACGAUGGUGGCAGCGGGGCCGAUGAUGCAGACGAUGAUGAAGACUAUGAACCGGAGGAAGAGCAAAACUAUAAGGAACCGUACGGACGGCGGCUCUACUUGCUGAAGCCAGCCAAACGCAACGAUCCGGACCUGGCGGAGGUAUCCGUGGUCGACAUCAGCGGACAGGACGUCGUUCGUUGCUGCGGAUGCUAUCAGACCUUCAUCACCGAGGAAGAACUGAACGAUCAUUCCAACCAAUGCCAUCGCCAAUUCCAGCAACCGGACGGCAAGGAUCGGCCCUACGAAUGCGACCGGUGCUUCCGACGGUUCGUCAAAGCCGUAUCGCUGCAAAUGCAUCGGGCGUUUGUGAAAAAUGUGCAGAUUUACUCGUGCAAGUUGUGUGAUCAGAAGUUCAACUUUCAGACUCCUUUUUUGCUGCACUACGAGACUCACGAGCGCUUCUCCGGGAGGGAGGAUAGGAGGGGACCGAAGCCCAAACCUUUGGAGGAUGAUGAAAAGUUCUACUGCUGUUUCACAGCUUGCAAAGCAUCGUUCUUGGAAUACAGCGAUCUACUUACUCACGUGGAUGAGAACCAUGGCGUGAAACGGAAUCAAUUCAAGGAUUACCGUGACACGGAUGAGAACUGCUGUGAAGUAUGUUUCCGCAGUUUCAGCAACUAUCGGGGUCUGUUGCGGCACGUGGUUGUUCAAAGAAAGUCCAAUUCGGGGGCGCGACAUACCUGCAGCACUUGUGGCAUCCAGAUGAAAUCGCUGGCCCAGCUGAAGGACCACGAGAACAAACAUCUCGGUAUCAAACCGUACGAGUGCGACGUUUGUCAGAAGACAUUUGGCACUAAAACCAUUCUCAAGAACCACAUGAUUGUUCAUCAGUCGGAUCGUCCCUUCAGUUGCGAAAUCUGCGGCAAAACGUUCGCGCGCAAACGCAACUACAAGGACCACGCCAUGACACACACCGACGAGAAACCGUGGGAGUGUGAAAUCUGCAAGCUCACGUUCCGGAUCGAGUCGCAGUUCCUGACGCACAAACGGCGCCACACCGGAGUCCGGCCGUACAAGUGCAAGUUCUGUGACAAGGUGUUCUCGCACGCCACGGAUCGGAAGCGACACGAGAUGGCCGCGCAUACGGGCGAGAAGCCCCACCAGUGCAGUUUCUGUCCGUUGGCGUUCGUCCGGAAACGGCAGCUGGUGAUCCAUGAGAGGACUCAUACGGGCGAGAAACCGUACGAGUGCCAGCAUUGUGGGCAGGCGUUCAUUCAGCAGAGCUACUUGACGCGGCACUUGGCGACGCAUAAGCCGCGAGAGGAGGCGACAUUUCAGUGAAUCAUAGUAUCGUGUAAUAAGACUAAUGUUUUACGAUUGCGAAAGCCGUCUUUCGAAAGCAUUGAUUGUUAUCCAGUGAUCAACGCUUACUAUGACGAGAAUUAGCUCAGCACGUUUUCAUGUUUGUGCCGAACAUUGGACAUUUUGGCGCUCUCCCUUUCGCCGCGUUGCUGAUUGGCCCCGGAUGUGCCAGAGGAGGGAGAGAUCAAAAAUCAAUUUCCUCAAUUUAUAUCGCCAACCGGAUAUUACUCUUACUAAAUCUAUAAAUACCGGUCCGGAAUGUGACCGGCGGGAGGUGAUGGCGCUGGCCGAGGACGACGAGGGCAGGGAAAUUGGCAGUGGUAUAUUUCCGCCUGGCAGAAAUCCCCAUCCGGAAUUGGAGCUCGCUUGGCCGACUACCGGGACCGGACAGACGUAUCAGUUGGAACUGGAAGGGGUCACAUCGUCGCUCGCCAUGUGUAUGUAUAUGAACAAAUGGGGUUUCAUAUCUGACAGCUCGUCGUAGUAGGCGGUUGCGGCGGGUGGAUACGGGAAAUAGUAUAACAGAGGAAAAACACAACCCCGUGAGUCAAUAUUU